AUGUUCGGCAAAGCCCAUGCUGUCGAGCUUUUGAUAGCAGGAGGGGCAGACGUCAACGGAACUUCUGGGUAUCUCGUCAAAGCUCUGCACCGGGCAGCUGGAACCGGCGGCAGCCUUGAGAUUUGCAGGCUUCUCAUUGAACAUGGAGCAGAUGUCAACGCGCCAUUCGCAACCGAUCCCGUGUAUGAAAGUGAUGUGACGUGGAUUCGUCUGCAGACUCCCCUGCACGAGGCAGCCUGGCAUGAUAACCCAAAGAUAGCAGCACUCCUGCUAGCAAAGGGCGCGGACAUGUACGCGAUGACCUCAGAUCACGAAACGCCUUGGGACUUUGCGGUACACUGCCGAUCAUUUGCAACCAUAGAUGUCUUGAUUGAAGCUUUCCGAGGACCGGGACAUUGGAGCAAAAUGAUUAUCCGUUCUUUGGUGCGAUCGGGAUCUACGGAGCUCAUAAAUUCAAUGAUCCAGAAAGGGCUAGACGUCAACGAGAUAUCCCGCCACGGAAAGAGAGCACUUGACUUGGCACUAGAUAUUGGCGACGAAAAUGUCAUCACCGUCCUGCUUGAGAACGGAGCCGUCUCACAUUAUCCAUGGAGCCAAACCCAAAUGGAAGUUGCAAUAUUCUCAGACAGACCGUGGUUUGACCUCUUGUGCCGGGCUUUGUUUGAAGACCGGCUAAAUUGGCAACCCAAUGCCCAAGGAGAGAACACUUUUGAGGAAAGGUCCUGGCAGCCACCGCUCAUUAUCACCCGGGAGUCUCCCAUCGAGCCGCAUCUUCGUCUAACCGUCCCCGGAGAUAUCGUCCUCCCGGUCAAGACUAUUGUUUUCAAGACCGUGUCCCUCGACCAAGGGUGGAGUGAUGUCCAAUAUGAUCACGGCACCUACAGUAAUUCCCAAACCUUCUUCGACUUUAUGUAA